CCGGGAUGCCGGCCGGGGCCGGCCCUCGCUCGCUCGCUCCCUCCCCCAGGUGCGGCGCUGCGCUGCGCGGCGCGGCGCUGGAAACCGAAAGUGCGGCGGGGACGGACAUGGACGUGCGCGGCUUCACCACCCGCCUGCGGAGAAGCCUCCGGCGCCGCCUGGAGCGCAGAGAAGGAAAUCAGGAGUCACCUGCUGAGGAUUGCGCACCCGAGGCUCCAAGAAAAGCAGGAGAGCGAAGUUCCCUCUCUUGUCUAGGAGGACAAUUCUUCUUUGAGUAUUUAGUUGUGGUUUCACUAAAGAAGAAGUCAGGAGGAGAUUAUGAGCCCACAAUAACCUAUCAGUUCCCUAAGCGUGAGAACAUGUUGAGGGGCCAGAAAGAGGAGGAGGAGAGGUUGCUUCAAGCCAUUCCUCUGUUCUGCUUCCCUGAUGGCAAAAACUGGGCUCCGUUCACAGAAUACACUAGUGAAACUUUUUCUUUUGUCCUGACCAACGUUGAUGGCAGCAGAAAGAUCGGCUACUGCAGGCGUUUGCUGCCUGUUGGCCGUGGAGCUCGUCUCCCCGAAGUUUUCUGCAUCAUCAGCUGUCUGGGCUGCUUUGGAUUAUUCUCCAAGAUCCUGGAUGAAGUGGAGAAGAGGCGUCAGAUCUCUAUGGCAGUCAUCUAUCCAUUCAUGCAGGGCCUCCGUGAAUCCCCCUUCCCUGCACCUGGGAAAACCGUCACCAUCAAAAGCUUCAUCCCAGAGUCAGGGACAGAGCUCAUUGAACUGACACGGCCCCUGGACUCCCGGCUGGAACAUGUGGAAUUUCAGGCUCUUUUGCAGCGUCUCACUCCAGGGAUCAUCAUACAGAUCUUUGCCUCUGCAGUUCUAGAGCGUCGCAUCAUCUUUUUGGCAGAGGAACUCAGUGUCUUAUCCCAGUGCAUCCAUGCCGUGGCGGCCCUACUUUACCCCUUCACCUGGGCACACACCUACAUCCCUGUGGUUCCUGAAUGCUUGAUCGACACUGUGUGUUGCCCCACUCCCUUCAUGGUUGGAGUCCAGAUACGCCACCUGCAGCAGGUUCAGGAUCAGCCUAUGGAGGAGGUUCUGCUGGUCAACUUGGUUGAAGGAAAGAUCUUGACCUCGGUUGGGGAUGAAGAGGAGGUAUUGCCUGCUAAGCUGCAGAGUGAGAUGCUGACAUCUUUGGGUAGACACAACAGCAACAACAACGUACAGACCUCUGAACAAGUGAACGCCCAGGUUUCAGAGUGUUUUGUGCACUUCUUUGUCCGAACCGUUGGCCACUAUGCAGCGUACAUCAAAUGGAGCAAGAGCGGGCAGGGCACCCUGCAGGAGCGAGCGUUCUGCAAAUCCAUCACCUCCAAGUCCUGCCGCAAGUUUGUGAAAAAAUUUGUGAAGACGCAGAUGUUUUCCUUGUUUAUCCAGGAAGCAGAAAGGAACAGAGCAACCCAAGAAGGGUGCUACUUCCAGCAGAAAAUAACUGAAUAUCAAGAACAAAAGAAACAAAGGAAAAAUUCCUGAACUACUGCUCUUAAAGAGAGGAGCCCAACUGGGCUGGGCAGAUUGCUGCCUAUAGCUGUACUCUAUUUGGACUGGGCAAAUGGCUCUUUCAAAGGCAGAGAGGUUUGUGGACUUUGCUGGCUGUGAGCAUCUCUACCCUCCUCCACCUAUCUGUGAAUAAUGAGAAGCCGAGUCAGCACAGGAGCCCGAUUCCUCCUCUGUCUCUUCUUUUUCAGGGCAUGACUGCAUUAGAAGGCUCUUUUCUAUGUAGCUAACAAACAGGCCUGGGAUUGCUCUUGCAGUCCAACUAACCUGCAACGUUUGAACAAGUAGCAACCCAGGUCCUGUAACAAGUGUCUAUUGCUGUCUGUGCUGCAGAGAAGCAUGGACUUUAUGUGAAAACUGAAUGAAUUCGAGGUGAGACUGUGGUCUUGCUCUGAAAUGACCAAGGAUGUAGAAUAAUUAUUGCAAUAGAAUGUAUUGAUAGAAAAUAUUUUAAUUAAAACAAUUUUUUUCAGCUGA